CCCAAAAGUAGCGGAUCGAGGUACAGUCAAAACCUAAAAUGGCACGGUUUAAUGGAGUUUUGCUGCUCCUGGCAAUCGUCCUUCUGGCCUUUUUCGUGGCCGAUAGCUUGGCACAGAAGAACCCUAACAAGCAGAAGCAGCAGAGACCCGGAAAUCAGGGUAUGGGUAACCACAGAAACAAGCGUCCAAAGCCCCAACAGGGCCAGAAACAGAAGCCCAACAAGCAAAAGGUGCCAAAUGUCCAGGAACCCAAGGUGUUCACCGUAACGGUCCCCGAACUGGGAAGGCUCCGAGGACGAACGCUCAGCACCGAUUGGACUGGAAAGAAGAUAAUGCAGUUCUUAGACAUUCCCUAUGGUAAAGCGGAGCGAUUUAAGCCAGCGGGACCCGCACCAGCCUGGAGGGGUGUCCUUCCCGCUCAUCGACCCCACGCCGGCUGCCCAUCCAUUCAGGAACUGCUCGUGUUUGCCAAGCUGGAGGAGGAUGGCUUCGAUGUGGAGGACUGCCUGCGUCUUACUGUUAACACCAAGGCGAUGGAGGGCCAAUCCCUGCCGGUGAUGGUGUACAUCCACGGUGACUUCUUCUACGAUGGCGACUCGGUCGAGGCGGCUCCUGGCUAUUUGCUGGAGCAGGAUGUGGUCCUGGUGUCCGUGCGCUACCGCCUCGGACCCUUCGGCUUCCUGUCCACGCUGACGGACGAGAUGCCUGGCAAUGCGGCAGUCACCGAUAUUAUCCUGGCACUCAAGUGGGUGCAGCAACACAUUGCAUCCUUCGGAGGCGAUCCGCAGCGGGUGACGCUCUUUGGACAGGUGGGUGGAUCAGCUCUGGUCAACGUGCUGACCCUGAGUCCGGCGGUUCCGACCGGACUCUUCCACCGCGUCAUCUAUCAGUCGGGCACGGCCCUGUCGCCCGCCUUCAUCACUGAUGCUCCUUUGGGGAACACCAAGGCCAUUGCCCGCAUUGCGGGAUGCAAACAGGCCACCAAGGCCGACCAGCUGAACAAGUGCUUGACCCGUCUGAACGCCACCAUGCUCCUGGCCGCCUUCAGUGUCCAUGGCGAGGAUCAGCCCUCGCUGUCGGGCGGAGCCUACGGCGGCGUCCAGCUUGUCAUCGGUGGACCGUCCGGCAUUCUGCCGGAGCAUCCCGGUCGCCUCCUGGCCGCCGAGAAGUUCCAGGCCUAUCCCACAAUGGGCGGAAGCGUCAAACACGGUGGCAGCUUCAUGCUGAGAGAUAUCUUCGCGGAUAUCUUUAACGAGACAAUAUUGGACGAUAAAAUGACCGGACGGCAGUACAUCGAUACCAUUAUCGAGCAGGCUAAUGGCGCGGAUCCCACGGGAUCAUGGAGAGAGUUCUCCGACGAGGAGAUCUUUACCGAGGCUGAUGUUAAAAACGGCAGCUUUAGGCGCCUGACGCCAGGUCUGAUCGAUCUUUGCAGUACCAUUGCGCUGAAGAAUCCCGUGCUGCUGGUGAUGCAGGCCAACGCCAAGAAGCUGCCAAAUAGUACUUACUUGUACACCUUUGACUACGAGGGCGAUCAGAAUCGCUAUGCCACUGGUGAGAUUGAGGCCAGCUUCGUGCCCUUUGACAUGGGAGCCUCUCUGACGGACGACAACCUGUACCUGUUCCCGUGGCCUCGAUACCUGGCUCUGAACUCGAACCGCGAUGUCAAGGUGGCCAGACGCAUGGUGGCCCUAUGGACGUCCUUCGCCACAACGGGUGUUCCCCGUGCUCCUGGCCUGCCUGACUGGCCGUCUAUGAAUGAUGAAACAGGUCCUUACAUGAGGAUCGGUCGCACCGUCAGCUUCGGUGACAAUUACCUGGACGAAUACCGCAUCGCCGUCGAGGAGGUGAAGCACGGAUACAACCUGGUCAACGAGGACUACUACGAUCUGGAGUCGGCUCUGUUGUCGGCCAGAAAGCAGGAUACUGAUAGCAACGAGGAGGAUGAACAGGAUGAUGUCGAGGGCGAGGGCGAGGGCGAGAGGGCCAAUGAGGCUGUCAGCCAGAAUUUGGUCUUCAUUGCCAGGAAGUCGACACGUACCCACAAACAGUGAAACCCUACUCAUCCGAUCUACUUCUCCUUGUAUUUAUUUAAGCAAAUAACUUCUCUAAUAUAUUUCUGAAA